AACGAACAGGGCACGGCUGGAAGCUAUAUUCCUAUAUUGUUAUUACAGGGAAUGAAUAAUUUGGAAGAAAUGCAACAAUCUUAAAUCUGCAUAAAUGAAAACCGAGACAAAGUUAUUCCUCGCAUCAAUCGUAAUGGAUCCAAAAGUGAAACUUGUUCAGUUUAGUGAUUUUAUGGGAAUUACUGCAUUUUUCUAUAAAACGUUGGGGAUCGAGGCGUUCAUUACAACCACGCAAGUAGAGCACGGAGGUUUUGGAAAUAUAGUUCAAGUUCUUCUCUUCCACCUGGGCACAUGGAAUCUAAUUUUGUCGAUCAUUGGUGAAAUCAUUUACUUGGAGCAAUCGUUUGGAUCCUUUGCAAAUUUCCUGCAAAUAACAGCAUUGUUGCCCUGUAUUGGAUUGUGUAUUGGUUCAAUAGGAAAAAUCUUAACUGUUUGGAGUAAAAAAGUGCAGCUAAAACGUUUGUUGCUCGAGCUCAAGCAUAUGUUUCCGCAAACACGUGCUGAACAGGAAGAAUUUCGAAUCGAAGCCUAUCGAAAACACAUACCAAGAGUUAUACUUCCUUGUACAGCUGUGUCCAUGGCGACCAUAUGGGUGUUCAACUUGUAUGAAUUGUUUGAUUCGUUGAUAAACUACUUUCGCUAUGGGUACUAUGCAAAAGUGUAUCCUUACUUUAUAUGGUACCCUUUUAAUGCUCAGACAGAGUGGGCUUAUCCAAUAAUUUACUUACUUCAGACUCAUGCGGGUUACGUUGCAGUAGGCUCUAGUUUGGCGACCGAUUUGCUUCUAUGCUGCAUUAUCAAUCAACUUCAAAUACAUUUUGACCAUAUUGCGAGGCAACUUUCCAAAAUGGUACCCGAAGGAAAACCAAAUGACGUACGACAUAUAAAACAAUUGAUUGAGCGUCAUAUCACAAUUUUGAGAAUUACAACCGAAGUGAAUGAUGUUUUCGGCUUAUCUAGUCUUUAUAUUUUUGUCUCGUCUUCCUUAAUUAUUUGCUUAACUGGAUUUCAAGUAUCAGCUGGCGUUACUAACAAGGAUUUAGUUAAAUACAUACUGUUUCUAGUAUAUCAGUGUUCUUCAGUGUUUAUGGUGUCAUACCACGGAAAUGUACUUAUUGAUUCGAGCCUAGGAGUGUGUAAUGCUGCUUAUGGUCAAGAAUGGUUUCAAGCCAAUCAAGAAUACAAGAAAAUAUUAUUGUUCCUACUAACCAGAGCAAAGAAACCUAAGACGUUAAAUGCUACAAGCAUGCUAUCUGUAUCUCUGAUGACAUUUAACCGGGUUAUCAGCUCUUCGUAUCAGUUUUUUGCUCUGGUGAGAUCCAUGUACACCAAAUAAUGAAACUUAAAGGCUUUCCUUCAAACCAGGCGUGUUAUUUAUAUAAUAUAGUACUGUUACAUCUAAUGCACCAAUAACUAUUGUC